CUCCUCAAUCUUCUCUUCUUUCCAUCUUCCUCUUCUUCAGCUCCCUCCUCCCUUCCGUCUCUUCCCGUCCCCACUGCGCCGUCCUCCUCGCCUCGUCGUCGUCGAGUUUUCCAUAGGCCCAUUCGGAUCGAGAAAAAAAGGAAGAAAAGAAAAAGCAAAAACUUCGUCGCUCUUCUCACUGUCAACUUCUGCAGCUACUACCUUCUUUCCGGAGCAGUCGCUUGAAGCAAAAUACAAUCCCGUUGGACAAAAAUUGUAGAGAGUCCCGCUUAAGAGAGAUCUCGUGGGCAUUCCGGAUCGCGACUGAGACAACCAGCUUCCAUCGAACUACCGACCUUCAUUCAUCGACCGGCGCGACUCGAGUGCUCGACCUCAUUCCUGCUCUUUGAGAGACGCUUUUCUUCCUCGCUGUCCUUUGUGAUCUUUCGUUGUGUCGCCCGUCGGCUGCAAGGAACAAACAUCUUAUACAUCAAACACACGGCGCCAUUCAUUCGAUACUGACCAUUCAGCUCUCUUCAACUUCGCCCUCCAACGACGGCCCUCUAAUACACAUAGCAAUCAGCACAUAAUUUGUCGCAGCUUUUUCUUCUUCUUUCGCCGUUUGGUGUCUCUUUUACCGACCCAACUUGGGAAUUCACACGCUAUAUUCACUUUUCGCCUUUCCACAGAUCAACAUUUGAGAUUCACUUGGACUCGACAAUUCACACUUCUUGCGCGCAUUCACACCGUUGCGAUAAUUCUCAGCAGUCUUGCAUUUUGACCUGAGUCUGAACUCACGCCUAAUUUCUCUAAUUCAGCUUCGGAGCACGCGUUACCUUCGCACUCUCCUCACUACACUUUGAAAGAUACAACAAAACAAAACACUGUACAUUACCUCCAUAAAACAACCAUGAGUAUGGGCGCUGGCGGUCUAGCUCAAAUGUCGUACAACAACUUCCAAACCAUCGGGGUUCCCGGCUCUGGCUUCGCUUCCAGAGGGAAGGGAGCCCACAUCAAGCGCCUCUCGUUCGAGCCCACGGCAGCCUCCGACCCGGCCAACAAUGGCGCCCCGACUCCUCGCACGAGCCGCUCUCACCUGCUUGCGGGUUUGAGGACGGCCCCGAAGACGACCACUGGAGCCCAUUUCCCUCCUUCUGCACCGCCGACCCAACUCCAGCACAAAGGCCUCGACAACAGCAUGUACGCGGAUAGUAAGAACAACUCUCGAUCUGGGUAUGGCGCGCCCAAGACAUCCAUCGGUUCUUCUUUCAGCACGCAGCAGCAUCCCAGCUACAACCGUCAGAUGUAUGCACUCCCCGAGCAGGUCCUGGCUCCCCCGGAGAUCCACAUCGAUGAGCAUGGCCAAGAGCAGAUGGACCCGAAUCUGUAUGCCCAGCUGGUUGCCACAAACAUGUAUCUGGCUGAGCAACAGCAACGGCUGCAACAGCAGCUCAUCAACGUCCAGGCUGCUGCUCAGCAGUUCCAGUCCAUGGGCCUGGGUCACAUGGGCCGCCAGGUGCCGCAACAGUUUGCCACCCCACCUGUCACCCCAGGUGCAGGCAUGUACCAACAGCAGGCAAAGCAGAAUGGCCAGCCCGUCAUAACUCCUGUGCCUGGAGGUCAGCCGGGUCUGUACUCGGUCUACAACCCCAUGACUGGCCAGCAGACAUACUACAUCGACCAGGGUGCACAGCAGGCAUACGCUGAUAGCCAUGACAUCUACACGGAUUCGGGAUCGCCACCGCAGCAGCCUGGCACUCCUCGCUUCCAGGUGUCACCGCCAAGCAACAACGGCAUCACUCGCAGCAUCUCGCCCCCAAAGAAGAGCGCCUCGCCUCCUCAGGACCAUACGCCGCUCCCACCGCCAUCGGCCAACGCUUUCCGCCGUGGACACAAGAAGUCGUGCAGCCUGGCCAAUGUUCUCACCGUCUCCACGGCCGUGAAUGUUGACAGCGGGUCGAGGACUUCUGUCCCAAAGACUGCAGGCUAUGCUCCUACUCCGAUGACCGGAACCUUUGGUCCUGGACAGGGACGAGCUGGCGAGCACCCCAUCCGCCAGCCACGCGGACCGCCAUCUCUGGAUGAGCUGCGCGCUAAGCCCACGUCCAAGUUUGAAGGCAGCAAGAACUUUUCGACCCGCCAACGCCGCAAUGCCGUCCACAACCUGGUUCGCGCUGGGUUGGAGCGUCGCCGUGCUCCGGGAUCUGGUUCUGCCGGCAGCAUCAGUCCCAUAAGCGAGACGGGCGAGCUCACCUGUGCGACGUCGUCGGGCGAGGAGUCUGAUAGCGGCAGGAGCGGCAGCGGAAGCCUGUCCGGGCGACCAAGCUUGGGCAGCCUCCGCACCUCAAUCCACGGCGCCAUUGGCUCGGACAGGCCUUCAUCGCGACAGAAGAACCACUCGGUCGAGAACAACUCUGUCGACACAACGCCGACCACGGCAGGCACAAGCGGUGACGAGGGUCCCGCCAUCUGCAGCUUUGCCGCUGCCUUCAAGCAUGGUGGCAAGAAGCCCGAGGCUGAGCAAGCGCGGCUCAAGGCCCCCAUGCUGGUUCUCAGCUCUGUUGAGAAGCGCAAGAGCUCCAUCUUUUAAACGGCCGAGCUCGCCCAUUUGAAGCACGCGUGGUAGAUCCGCGAGUGCAACAGGUGGGUUGAUUUUUAGAUGACAAUUUGAUAUUGCAUGCAGUGCGGAUACCCUCCGCCAUCGAACUUUUGACGCCGAAUACGAAUUAUUACCAGGCAGCGACACGUCUGGGUCGCUAUUUUCCAUUUUUAAUGACUCUCCUCGGUUGUCACGACACAUUACUUGCAGUUGCACGCAAGUCGCGACGGCUUUACACUCGAGGGGUUUUCGUUUUAGUACGGGCGGAUUGGAUUCUUUCCUGGACGCUUACCCACCCAAGGCCCCUGAUGGGAUUGCCUUUCUUCAUUAUUUAUAAGCUUGUACGGUUGGCUGGAGUAUAUUUUGGGUGGAAGCCAUUUGAGCUUUGGGG